UUCUUGCCUGGAGAUUCCCUUGGACUGAGGAGCCUGGGACGGCUGACGUUCCAGGAUGUGGCCAUAGACUUCACUCAAGAGGAGUGUGAAUGCCUGGACCUCGGUCAGCGGGACUUGUACAGGGACGUGAUGUUAGAGAACUACAGGAACCUGGCCUCCUUGGGACUUGUAGUCUCUGGGCUGAAUCUGGUCACCUUUCUGGAGCAAUUGAACGACCCCAGGAGUAUAAGGAGAGUGGAGACAGCAGCCAUACACCCAGGUGUGUCUCCACAAGACACCUGUGAUUUGAUGCCAGAGAAACCAAGGAUAAAAGAUUUCUAUCCAAAAACAAACCUAGGAAUAUAUGAAAGAUUUCACCUCAGAAAUUUCAAUUUAAUAAAACACUGGGAAUAUACGAGGGCAUAUGAAAGACAGACAUGUUUAUAUGGACAUAAAGAAAUUGAGACAGUGACACAUGAGGCAAACAUUAGUGCAAAAAGAAAUGAGCAACAUGUGUCACAUUGUGGAAAACGCCAAUUUCAGUCUUCAAUAUCUGCUGAGAAGUUUCAAAUUAGUAAACAUCACCGAAUUCAUAUGGGGGAGAAGCGUUAUAAGUGUACAGAAUGUAGGAAGACCUUCAUGAACAGUUCUGCUCUUACUAGACAUCAGCGAAUUCAUACUGGGGAGAGACCGUAUAAGUGUAUAGAAUGUGGCAAAGGCUUUAAUGACAAAUCAAAACACACUAAACAUCUGCGGGUUCAUACUGGAGAGAAACCUUAUAAAUGUACAGGAUGUGGCAAAGCCUUCAAUCACAAAUCAAUUCUGACUAAUCAUCUGCGAGUUCAUACUGGAGAGACCUUAUAA